UUCACGUGUGGAAACCCAAGCCUAGGAAAGGUGAAGCCCAAACUAGGUCCAUUUAACAAUACACUGACGGCGCACAUUAGUCCUCGCCACCAUAGGGCUCCACUUACGCUUCUCUGCCUCAUCUUCAAAUAAACUUCUUCAUUCCCCUGAAAAAUUUGUCAGAUCCAUUACCAUCAUCAUGGACGCACUCUUCGAAACAAUCAACGUAUCAGAUCUCCUCUCCACUCACGAUCUAUCAGACCCCACUGCACCACUUUCCGCACCCGAUCUCCGCCUUCUAAUCUCCCGCCUCGAGUCACACUCCCUUCAAAUCAAAUCCAAAGUCCAAUCGUAUAUUCUAUCUCAUCGCCAAGACUUUGCUUCACUCUUCUCUGUCUGCAGCGACGCCGUUUCGCGAGCCGAAGAAAUUUCUACCAACUUAUCGGAGAUUUUGGAAUUGAUCUCUGAUCAUCCAAUAGAUGCGGAGGUUAAGCAGAUAAUUGAGGAGGUUGGUGAGAAGAUGAGAGAGUUGAGGGUUAAAAGGGAAAUGCUGGAGUUGCUGAGGGUAAUUGUUAGAAUAUAUGAGAGGUUGAAGGGAGUGAGGGAGGCUGUGAGAGAUGGACGACUGAAAUUUGCUGCUGAAGAAGUGAGGGAGUUGAAGAAAGCUUUGAGAAUUGGUGAUGAGGACGAGAAAGAGCCAAUAGUGUACGGUUUACUGAGGAAAGAGUGGUUCGAUUGCUUCGAGGGGAUACAAGAAUUGCUUGUGAAGUACAUGGAAAGUGCAGUGCAGUUUGAGCAAGAAUCUAAUAGAGUAUUGGUUAAGUAUCGGUUAAAUGUUGAAGGCAUUGAUGGGAUUGAACUUCAUACAGUUUUGGAAGCAAUGGAGGCAGUUGGAAUAUUGAAUUAUGGGCUUGCAAAAGUAGCAGAUAUGAUGGUCAAGUAUGUAAUCACUCCUGCUGUUAAUUUUGGAUCACCUAUCACAUUUGUGGAAGAAGGGGAUGAAGGGGCUGAGGCAACAUUGAAGAUCGUACCAUCAGUUGAUUCUAGAAUAGAAAGUGCGGAUGGAAAAACUAUCUACUGUGGGAUUAUACAAGUUAUUAAGUUCAUUCACAAAUCAAUAUGCUUCAAAAAUGGUUCUUGGGUCCAGUGUUUGGGAAGGUUGAUGUGGCCAAGGAUUUCGGAACAAAUUAUUUCCAAAUAUCUCUCAAAGGUUGUGCCUGAAGAUGCUUCAAAGCUGGCUGACUUUCAGAAGAUCAUUGAAUAUACUUCUGAAUUUGAGGCUGCUUUAAAGGAGAUGAUGUUCAUUUCACCCUCUGAUAAUGAGGAUGAAAGACUGAGCAAUUUUGCUCAAAAUGUUGAGGUGCAUUUUGCAUAUAGGAAGAAGACAGAAAUUUUGACAAAGGCUAGAAAUUUGCUUCUACAGUGUGACUUUGCCAUUCCUGAAGGAUAUACUAGGGAAAGUCCUGGAUGGAACAAUGAUGGGGUGGCUGAACAUUUUCCUAAGCAUCUUGUUGACUUGCUGUUUUUGUCUGAGAGGUGUGUUGUGUCCAGAGCAGCGUCUCAACUUGUGGAGUUGGUGCAUCAGACACUUAAGGAUGUUUGCUUGUCAUCCCCAAGAGUUGCUUUGGAAUUCUAUCGUGCAGCUAGGGAUGCUAUGCUGCUCUAUGAAGCUGUCAUUCCUGUCAAGCUAGAAAGGCAGCUUGAUGGCAUCAACCAGGUUGCAGCUCUAGUACACAAUGAUUGUCUUUAUUUAUCCCAGGAGAUACUUGGGCUAGCGUUUGAGUAUCAGUCUGACUUUCCAAGUUCCAUUAAAGAACAUGCUGUGUUUGUUGACAUGGCUCCAAGAUUUCAUCUAAUGGCUGAAGAAAUACUCCAGAGGCAAAUUCAGCGUGUUAAUUUUAAUUUGAGAGAGGCUAUAGAUGGUGCUGAUGGAUUCCAGAAUACUCAUCAAAUGCAACAAUUUGAAUCUGCAAAGUUUAGUUUAGAUCAGAUUGUUUUCAUUCUUGAAAAAGUACAUAUUAUAUGGGAGCCCCUCUUACUGCCUUCAACUUUUAAGAGAAGCAUGUGUAUGGUUUUAGAGUCAGUGUUUUCAAGAAUCACAAGAGACAUUCUUCUUAUAGAUGAUAUGGCAGCAGAAGAAACAUUGCAGCUUCAAAGACUGAUACAUCUGAUGCUUGAAAACUUAUCAUCUUUGUUGGAGUCCAUAAGUGCUGUCAAGCAAAAGGGGAAAGCAGAAGAGGAAUCUGCACAUCCUCUUGAAGAUUUCAUACCAUCUCUAUGCAAAAUCCGCAAACUGGCAGAAUUGCUAGAUAUGCCUUUAAAAUCCAUUACAACGGCUUGGGAAAGCGGAGAACUAUUCAGUUGUGGUUUUGCAUUAUCAGAGGUACAAGAUUUCAUUAAAUCCAUAUUUGCGGAUUCAGCUUUAAGGAAAGAAUGCUUAUGGAGGAUAGAAAGUGUGAGCUUGUAGAAGUUAAAAAGGGAAAAUGUUACAGCAGAAAGAAAGAGAUGAAAAUGCCAACAUAUUGCAGCACCUAAAACUCUUCCCACAUUGAGUGAAGGAGGCAGUUUUGGUGUUUGAAAAAGUCAUCCAGGGAGAAAUAGUUCAUAGUUUCUUAUUUGUUAUUUUUUGAAAUGUCAUGUACAACACACUUGUCUGUAAUUUAUAGGGAUAAAAUUAAGCAUGGGCAAGCCAAGACACCUUUAAAUUUCAUUGUGCCGAUUACCUGUGAGAUGAUUAUAGAUCUCGUAGUUGGCAGUGUCCUUUUCCUUUCCA